GAGUCGAUAUCAAUGCCAAUGCCAGUGAUAAGAUUAGUUGCACUCUCCACAGCUGAGUCCUCAGACUAUCCAAGUCCGGCGAUAGCUUCAAUAGAGCCCAGUACGAACGCGAGCAUUGAAAUGUUCGGUCGUGGUGCCGCACUAUGAUGGGGCACUUGAGUGGCGCUUUGCUAGUAAUCGGUGUUUGCCUACAGCAGGCACUUGCUGCCAAUAUUUUAGCCAUAUUUUCAUAUAGCUCUGCGUCGUCAUUCCUGUUCCUGACGCCCUACAUGACGGCGCUUGUCCAGAAGGGCCAUCAGGUAACCAUCAUCUCAGCUGGAAGGAAAUAUUUACCGGACAUCGACGGCGCUCGUCAUAUACGGGUCAACGCGCUGGAUCACUUAAUGGCAGAUGUUAGAGAGUCAACCGUUGACAUGAAGUUUCCCUUGGCCAAGUGGGAAGAGGCCUCGUUCGUCGCAUCGUUCUUCUACAAGUCCUCGAACUGUGUGCUCAGUGAGCCGGGUGUCCAGGCGCUGCUCCAGGAUGCGAGUGCCCAGUUCGACAUGGUGAUAGUCGAAGCAACGUUCACAGAUGCACUUUUUGGCUUUGCACACCACUUCAAGGCCCCGCUGGUGGGGCUGUCGAUCUGUGGAACCUCUUGGAGCAUUAACUACCUGGCUGGCAAUAGGGCCAUCAGUGUGUACGAGCCAAUAGUGGCAAAUGGCUAUUCGAAUGGGUUCAGCAUUCUGAAUAAGAUCAGGAACUGGAUAUACAUCACAGAGGAGUGGCUGCUGGAGCAGAUGGUGUAUCUGCCCAAGCAGUUGGCCCUGUAUAAGCGCUACUUCCAUGAAAGUGCGGAGAGUCUAUAUAAUAUUCGGCAAAACUUCGCUCUGGUGCUGAUCAAUCAGCACUUCAGCCUGGGGCGGGCCCGCUCCAACGUUCCCAAUGUCAUCGAGGUGGCGGGCAUGCACCUGGAACAGCCGUGCGCUGAGCUCGAUGAGGAGCUUCAGCAAUUUGUGGAUGCAGCCGAGCAUGGAGUCAUCAUCUUCUCGAUGGGAUUGGAGGUAGCUGCGAGCUGGCUCCCGCCCAUGCUGGUCGAAAUGAUGCUGCAAAGCUUUCAGCAGCUGCAGCAGCGCGUCGUCUUCAAAUUUGAGGAGCCGCUGCCCAACAAAUCGGAUCAAGUAUAUGUGAGACAAAUAUUGCCGCAGCGGGCUUUGUUGGCUCAUCCGAAUGUGAAAUUGUUCAUCACCAAUGCCGGAGUCUUGAGCAUUAUUGAGAGCGCCUAUUACGGGGUGCCCAUGCUGUGUGUGCCGCUGUUUUACGAUCAGUUCGCCAACUCCGAGCUAAUGAAGCAAUCCGGACUGGCUCAAAUACUGGAUCCGUCCACGAUGACUGUUGAUUCCAUAACGAAGUUAAUAAAGGAGCUCAUCGAGAAUCCGUUUUAUUCAGAAAAUGCGCAUCAAACAUCCAGGAGGCUGCGCGACAUGCCCAUGACUCCGCUGCAGAACGCCGUCUGGUGGACUGAAUAUGUGCUGCGCCACAAAGGUGCUCCGCAUAUGCGCAUUUGGAAGGAAGAUAUGUCCAUCGUACAGUACUACAAUCUGGGCUUCAUAUCGGUUCUAGUUCUCCGAUCUGGAUUGGCCGUACUGCUCAUUGUCUGCGUGGGCCUUAAGCUAGUCAGUGUUCUGCUGCGGCGUUCACGAUUUCGUCUGACUGUUCCGCUGCUCUACUGAGGACUGAUAGAACUCAUCAAAUA